CACACCUUGACCGCCGUACAUGCUGUUUCCACACUAUGGGCCCCGUAUUUUGUGCUGUUCGGACAGACUGACGAAUGGAAUGGAUUUUCUUUGGCGUACUACACCCGAAGGCGUCAGAACCUUGAUGGGUUGUUGAAGGAAUGACGAAAGGGUUAUCAAGAUGCGUGUUAGCUGCAGAAAAGGUGGUCUUGUCAUUUACAGGGCAGGAUGAUCUAAAGGUACUUCACCCGCCUUCUCGGGUACAGAAAGGAGCUUGAUCUCGAAUGGUUUUGAUUCCGAAUGGUUGACCCAAGUCAUUCUCUUCCCUCAGCAACUAUGGACUUGGUCGGCCUGCCACUGAGAGUAAGAUCACCAUUUCUAAAUCCGUUGGACUUCUCCGUCCUAUCGGGGCGGAUGUGCUGGCUGUGCCAUGGAUACGCCGAGACAUACCGGUACGCGCCGACGUCAAUUCUGGACGUCACCCUCCAAUGGAUAGCCGAUGAGCAGGACAUGACGGCUACCGUGUCGAAAGUCACGGCUGGGCCGCGGUGGAACUUAUUCUGGUACCACCAGGCUCAGUUGAUGCUGCCUCUGAGUUUCCAGCAGUCAAGUCCGGAGAGGCACCUUGCCGGCUUCCCCCUCUACGACAAGAAAACAAACACCUGGACUUUCCAAGUACACGCCGACUGCUGGGAUCUCGUAGCCUGCCGAGUUUCAGACCCCCUCGCUGUCGCUACGGCGUGGUGCAAGUAUUUGAUCUCGACCUCCCCGGAUAUCGAAUAUCAUCCCCCGGGCUUCGACGCCCCAUCGAAACACGAACCUUCUCCUCGGCCAUGGUCAGCAAUUAUGACGUACGGAUGGCCUGAUCAGCGAGCGUCCAUGCGACGCCUCUACAGCUUCGACGGCCUGGCAGCAGAGCUAGGGUUUGACCGUCUCCCAACAGCCCACGCUCCCAUGCCCCUGGACGACCUGGAUCUAACCCACUCGGCCUCGACCCCGACGCUCACCGGCCACGGCAAAAGAAACAACCCCUUCUCCAAGCUCCCGGUGGAGCUCCUAGAGCAAAUCAUAGGAUACCCCCCAACAGCCGACCUCUUGGCCCUCAGGCUUGCUUCGAGAACAAUCGCCUGCGUCUCCCUACUGCCCAAGUUGCCGCGCAGUUUCUGGCGCAGCCGGUUCACGGGCCCAGUUGAGCUGGGAUUUGCCUUGCCAGAGUGAGUGGAUGGGGACAUUGAUUGGCGAGGCAUGUACUUUCUGCUCAAACGGGCGCUGCGGAUGCUUUGUUGCGAGACGGAUGAAGGGCCGGAGAGUUUGUUGAUGGCGAGGCUGGCGAAGCGGAGCUACUGGUGGAACCGGUUGGGCGCUGUUGUUGACAGGCUCGAGGACAAAGGCGGAUUUGAGGAUGGGCUCUGUUCGGUGCAAAUGCAGGAUUUAGGCUGGGAAGGAAGGUGCAUAAAGGGUUGUGGAAGGUUUUGAAUGAGUUUGCAGUGCUUGUAUGUCCUAUAUAACUACAUGUUGG